GCUGACUUGACCACGUAACACUUGUAAUACUUUUAGAAGCUUGCCCGUUCAGCGAGUUGGUUACCUGAAUAACGUCACUGCUCCUCGUUUUGCAUCUAGAAUACACAUAACCUACUGCUUGCACAGACAAAGUGUAGAAGCGACGGGCCUGCUGCUGUAAUAGACGUGCUGCUGGAAGGGAGCAUUCUUUGCGUGCCUGGUCUGUACAGUGCAUCGCAGCUAUGCCACUAGGUGGCAAGCUGGUGCUGAAAGGCGGGACGACGCUCAAGGAGCUGGAUGGCGGCGUGGAGAAGAAGAAGAGCAAGAAGCCCAAGAAGCUGAAGGAGGGAGGCGAGGGUGCGGAGGGAGGCGAGGGCGCUGUCGCCACGGCGGACGGCGCACCUGCCGACCCCACGAAACCCAAGCCGGCGGUGCCCACGGCCAUCAACGUCAUGAGCGGCAAGAACUACGAGCAGGAGUUCGACAUCGAGAUGAAGCGGGUGCAGGAGGGCAAGUCCAAGAGCACCCCGUGGGGCUGCGGCUACCGCGCGCCGCCUGCCAUCCUCCACGGCUACACAAGCAAGGUCACUGGCAAGACAGCCGAAGAGCGGCUAGACCUCAGGUCCGCUGCCAAGAGCGACAAGUUCUGCAAGUAAAGGCCGGCGGGACGCGGAAAACACGCGGCGACACGUGCACACCGGCCGGUGCUGCUGUAGUCCUAUUAAUUCACACGCCGGCACAAUAAAGCGAUCAGCAGCUGUGCGUGGCGGCUCAGUCUGGCCUUCUAUUUGGCGGCGGGCGGCAGCAGGAUGUCCCGAAUGGCUUCGCGGAAGGCCGCGGGCUUGAAGCCCAGGUCGGACUGGAGGCGGGAGAUGUCCAUGGAGAUAUCGGGGGGGCUCACCACGCCCCUGCGGCACCGGGGUGUGCGGCAGUGGGGUUACAUUAACGAUGAGUUAAUGAAUGGGUAGACGGUGGACAGUCGUGGGGAACAACAAUCGUUAACGGGUGGGGGCUGUGCGCGGAAGAGAUGCGUGGCGGUGUAAGGGCUCGGUGGGUACAGGUAUUAGAAAGGCGGCAUGGUUACGGGAGGAGCUGGCUGGCUGUCUGGCAAGUGGAGUUGUGACCAACAGCUUUGCUACAGCGGCUGCGGCAUGUUGCGACGGGCGGUCUGCAGUCAGACCUGACAAAUGAACGGUCGUGUUUAGGUGUAUGUUAAAGGUGUUGGACUGAACUCUAUGUCAAGGACGUGCGUACGAUGAGGAAGAUGCUGCAAAGGCUGGCAAUCUUGGACGGACGUGAUGUAGCUCGCGACGACUGGC